AUGGCGGCCGCGGCCGCCGAGGUGGCGGCGCUGCGCCUGUCGCGGCAGGAGCAGGAGCUGCGCUGGCUGACGGCGGAGGUCGGCCGCCUGAAGGAGCAGGAGCCGCCGUGCUGCCCCGGCAGCUGCAGCCCCGAGCUGCAGCGGCUGAGGGCCGAGAACGAGAAGCUGCGCUACCGCCUCCUGCAUCUGCGCCGCAGCCUGGCGGGGUAUACUUCAUAUUAUCACUGUUUUCAGGAAGUCUCCAGUGCAAGUCCAGUUGUUGCAGUGAAUCAAAAUAAGGAGGAAAAGACAAAAGAAAAUGAAGCCGUGAACCAACAUCGGAAUGAUCUACAGUAUGAGCCAAGCUUCAUAGAAGACAGACUGAAGCUUUAUGAAGCACUUAAAAAAGAACAUGAUGCUUUGCUAGCUUACAGAGCGGCCAACCAGAGCAAACCUAUCAAAAUUAUUCUGACAGAUGGAAAGAUGACUGAAGGGGAAUCUUGGAAAACCACGCCAUAUCAAUUAGCUGUAGGAAUUAGUCAAGUGUUGGCUUCAAAUGCAGUCAUAGCCAAAGUGAAUGGUGAAUUGUGGGACCUGGAUCGUCCACUGGAGGGAGAUUGUACUCUGGAGCUGCUUAUGUUUGAUAAUGAAGAAGCAAAAGCUGUUUAUUGGCAUUCAAGUGCUCAUAUUCUUGGAGAGGCCAUGGAAGGUUAUUUUGGGGGCUGCUUAUGCUAUGGACCACCAAUUGAGAAUGGGUUUUAUUAUGACAUGUAUAUUGAAGACAGAGGUGUAUCUAGUACUGAAUUCCCACUACUAGAGAACCGCUGUAAAAAUAUCAUAAAAGAGAAGCAGGCUUUUGAAAGGCUGGAAGUCAAAAAGGAGAUCCUGUUAGACAUGUUUAAGUACAACAAGUUUAAGUGUCGUAUCCUUAAUGAGAAGGUGAACACACCAACUACCACAAUAUACAGAUGUGGUCCGCUGAUUGAUCUCUGCAGGGGUCCACAUGUGAGACACACUGGAAAAAUUAAGGCCCUUAAAAUAUUUAAGAGUUCCUCUACAUAUUGGGAAGGAAAAUCUGACAUGGAAACUCUGCAGAGAAUAUAUGGAAUAUCCUUUCCUGAUAACAAAAUGAUGAAGGAAUGGGAAAAAUUCCAGGAAGAAGCCAGAAACCGGGACCAUAGGAAAAUUGGAAAGGAGCAAGAACUCUUCUUCUUUCAUGAUUUAAGUCCUGGAAGCUGCUUUUUCCUCCCCAGAGGUGCCUUUAUUUAUAACACACUCGUGGAUUUCAUACGAGAAGAAUAUCACAGGCGUAAUUUUACUGAAGUUCUAUCUCCAAACAUCUUCAACAGUAAACUGUGGGAAGUUUCAGGACACUGGCAGCAUUACAGCGAAAAUAUGUUCUCGUUUGAAAUCGAGAAGGAAACUUUUGCCCUUAAACCGAUGAAUUGUCCAGGACAUUGCUUGAUGUUUGCCCAUCGUCCACGAUCCUGGAGGGAAAUGCCUCUUAGACUUGCAGAUUUUGGGGUUCUUCACCGAAAUGAACUCUCUGGGACUUUAAGUGGCUUGACUCGUGUAAGGCGCUUCCAACAAGAUGAUGCUCACAUCUUUUGCACAAUGGAACAGAUUGAAGAAGAAAUUAAGAGCUGUCUUGAUUUCUUGAAGUCAGUGUAUGCUGUCUUUGGUUUUACCUUUCAACUACAUCUUUCUACAAGACCAGAAAAUUAUCUAGGAGAGUUAGAGAUCUGGGAUCAUGCAGAAAAGCAACUUCAAAACAGCUUGAAUAACUUUGGAGAGCAAUGGAAUUUGAAUCCAGGAGAUGGAGCAUUUUAUGGUCCUAAGAUUGAUAUUAAAAUCAAAGAUGCUAUUGGCAGGUACCAUCAGUGUGCUACUAUCCAACUUGACUUCCAACUACCCAUUCGAUUUAAUCUUACUUAUGUUGGUAAGGAUGGCGAUGAUAAGAAAAGGCCGGUGAUUAUUCACAGAGCUAUUUUGGGAUCUGUGGAGAGAAUGAUAGCUAUUCUAGCAGAAAAUUAUGGAGGAAAAUGGCCAUUCUGGCUGUCUCCACGGCAGGUCAUGGUUGUGCCUGUGGGACCUGCUUCUGAAGAGUAUGCCCAGCAGGUUUGCAGCAAAUUUUUUGAAGCAGGAUUUAUGUCAGAUGUGGAUCUAGAUCAAAGUUGCACAUUAAACAAGAAAAUCAGAAAUGCACAGCUGGCCCAGUAUAACUUUAUCUUAGUGGUUGGAGAAAAGGAGAAAGCAAAUAAUGCUGUCAACGUGCGAACAAGAGACAACAAAGUUCAUGGAGAGAUUUCAGUAUCUUCUGCUAUUGAGAAACUCCAGAAAUUUAAGAGUUCACAUAUGCCAAAUGCAGAAGAAGAAUUCUGAUGUUGCUGUUAAGGAGAAAAAAAAAAAAAAUUAUUAGCUGCCCAUGUGAAAUCGUGUUUCUUUCCUCCUGUGCAGCAGUAAUGCCCAUCUGAGAGAAUUUUCAGUUAAUGGAUACACAAAAUAAGCAAAUGUAGCAAUGUUGAUGCUCCAGGAAUAGAAUGAGAGGACAGAUGCAAUUGCCAACUCCUUUAACAAUCCCACGGGAUUCCAUUCUGCGUGAGUUGCAGAAUACGUAUUUAAGAAGUCCUACACCUCUGCUAAAAUAUGUGGGGUUUGCUGUGGAAAUAAAUCAGGGCUGCAUGAAGUCAAGGAACGGGAGGCUGGGAAGCGUACUGGUUGCUGCUGCAGUUGCUGAGCUACCUCAAGUCACGUAGCAGUUGCAUAACUGACGUGACCUGGAAUCCAAGGCUUGGCAGUUGGUAGGUGCAUCAGGAGCAUUUUGGUUUAGUUUUUUUGUAACUCCAGAUUAUAUAAUUUUUUUCUUUGGGGGGGUGGGGGAAUAGCUUGAUUCUCUCUGAAUUUAUGUUCACAGGCUACAAAUACAUUGGUGUCUUUGUUGGAAAUCUCAGUGAAACGAGGCACUGUUUGAACUGGUGUGGUAAUUGGUUGCUGUAAAGGUGAUUGCCAAGAAUGAAGUUGAAUUACCAUACCUGUGUGUGGAAAAUGCUUUAUUUUUUUCCCGUGUUUGCUGUUGAUUUGGCUUUUUUUCUAA